CAUUCGGGAGUUGGAGUGCUAAUGUAAUAGGGAGGCACGAAAUGCUAUCCAGAUCUAGACCACAAAUGAUCUCAAAGGAGGAAGAUGAAAGUGGGGUUUAUGAGGUAAAGAAAAAGUGGAUUUCAGAAGUGUAGCGGAAGGUCGCCAGCGGAAAGCAAUGUGGGCCGCGCCGACAUAUAGUGUCGCCACCGCCGCCAGCUUACCUCAUCUAAUUCGGAGAGAUGGGUUUCUGUGCAGAGCGGAAGCAGCCAACCCAAACAAUCUCCGGAAGAAAGUGGUGGUUAUCGGUGCCGGCUGGGCCGGCCUCGCUUCAGCCCACCACCUUUGCAAGCAGGGUAUUGAUGUCACCAUUAUUGACGCUCGGAGCUUUCCAGCCGAGGAAGUAACCCUCCGAGGUUUCUGGAGUCCCUAUCGAAAUAUAUUUUCUAUUAUGGAGGAGCUUGGCCUACAACCAUUUACCAAUUGGACUAGUUCCUCACUUUACACCUCAGAGGGCGUGGAGGUUAAAUUUCCUAUAUUUCAAGAUCUACCUCGCUUGCCUGCUCCUCUUGGAGCCCUAGUAUACUCCCAAUUUUCUCAUCUCUCUUUAGCGGAUCACCUAGCUUCGACUAUGCUUAUUGCAGCAGUUAUUGACUUUGAUGGCACUGAUGCUGUUUGGAGAAAGUAUGACGCAAUGACUGCAAGGGAACUUUUCAAACAAUUUGGUUGCUCCGAAAGGCUUUACCGAGAAGCAUUUCUACCUUUUAUUGAGGCUGGACUGCUUGCACCUGCAGAGCAAUGUAGUGCAGCUGCAGCCCUUUCAAUGCUUUAUUAUUAUGCUCUUUCACAUCAGAAAAACUUUGAUGUUGCCUGGUGUCGUGGGACAGUUCAGGAGAAGAUUUUUAACCCAUGGCGGGAUUUUUUGAAAUCAAAAGGCUGUAAUUUUCAUGGAAACAAAAAAAUGACAGAUUUUAUUGUAAAUAAAAGCUCUGGAGGCGUUACAGGAGUAAUCUGUGGGAAUGAUGUUUAUGAGGCUGAUGCAUUUGUUCUAGCUGUUAGAAUCUCUACUCUUAAGUCUACUGUUAUCAGCAGUUGUGCGCUGCAGUCAAGGCAGGAAUUUCUGAACGUCCUCAAUCUGUCUGAGGUUGAUGUUGUCAAAGUUAAAAUAUUGCUAGACCGGAAGGUUAGGAUUCCGCGAGCAAGCAAUGUUUGUUUUGGGAAUGAAAAUUCAACAUCAUGGACAUUCUUCGACUUAAAUUCGAUCUUUGAUGAAUAUCAAGAUGAAACUUCGACCAUUUUGGAGGCUGAAUUUAUAUCUAAUCCUCUUAUGCAGUAUUAUGCCAACCAGCUAUUGCCUUUAAAAGAUGAGCAAAUUGUUGCAAAGCUGAUAUCAUACCUUUCUAGAUGCAUCAAAGAAUUUCAAGAAGCCAUUGUGAUUCAGCAAAUAGUUUCCAGAUUCCCAAAAUCUGCAACUCAUUUCUUUCCAGGUUCAUACAAAUACAUGAUGAAGGGGUCCACUUCUUUUCAAAAUUUGUUUAUGGCUGGUGAUUGGAUAAUUACUCGCCAUGGCUCUUGCGCAAAAGAGAAAGCUGUUGUUACUGGGCUUGAAGCUGCAAACCAAGUAGUUGAUUACUUGGGUGCUGGAGAAUUUGCCAGAAUAAUCCCAGUUGAGGAUGAUGAACCACACAUAGAAACACUAAGGGAACUGAACAGAAGGUUGAAUGAGUUGAGGGCACAGGCUCCAUUUUCCGAUUUUUUUCUGCAAUAAAUUCACAAGGUAAUUUAAUAUAAAUAAAUCAUGCUCUUUAUGGCUACUGUACAUUUAGCAAGGUUAAAUAUAUUGUUAUUCAGUAAAUUAUUUGGGCAUUGCUUAUGCUAUAUCUUGAGUUAAUUGUUGCUAUAAGAUAUGAAAGAUGUAACUAUUUGGAAGAUUUACAUAUAUAUACACCUAAAG